CAACAAAAACAACCAUUUCAGAAAUCGAGCAACCACCAGCAACACAACCCAAGACGACGAGCUUAUCGCAGCGUACGAAUAAGAGAAAUCGUAGUAGUACUCGACAAGCAUCCAAAGGAAUACUAUUACCGGCACCACACCACAACGCACCACAACGCAAGCAAUGUCCCUGCAGCCGCAACCCUCGCGGUCCGCGGCCCACUCGCUGAAGCGAUCGAGGCUCCUGUACGCGGUGGACAAGACGUCGGCCUUUCUCCCGGGGGCGGACCCGACGAUCCUGCAGAGGAGCAUCGACCGGCGCAAGCGGAGGGUCCCCCUCGGGGCAGCGGUGCCCCCUUCGCCGGGGGCGGCCUCCCUGCUGGCGAUCGAGCCGGGAAGGGAAACAAAGACGAAUACGAAAACGACGACGAUGAUGGCCCCCCUGAACAAGAGCGCCCUGGCCCUUCGAAGCGACGAGCCCGGAAACGCUAAUGCGAAAUCGAACACGAGGCACCAAGAACAAAAGAAGGAACCCCCCGGUGGCGGAAUCCUGGUGGUAGGUCCAAGCUGCGGAUCGUGGUGUGGCGUUGUGUUGCGUUCCAUUCCGUUGCAUUCAUUUGUGUUGUGGGGCUGGAGGAUGCCUUCCCCGGAACAGACGGGAGGUUUUCUUAUUUCUUUGGUUUGGUUUGCUUUGGUUAGUUUGGUUUGUUGUUUCCUUCGCCCGGUCCCCCUCACGCUCCUUGUUUCCGCUUCUUCCCACAGAAAUCGAACAAAUCGUCGAACCGCCUCAAGAUACCCACGCCUACGUGGCAUGCGCCCUGGAAGCUGUCGACGGUGCUUUCGUCCCACUUGGUACGUGCGGUCGUAUGCUAUGCUAUGAUGUGAUGCGGUGUGGUAUAUUGUGAUGUGAUAUGGUGUGCGAUGAUAGGAUCGCAUUCGCACGUACAAAGUUGUUGGACGGAGCGAGAGUUGGAGCUCUGGAAUGAUGUUCGAUUCGUCUGUCUGUGGGUUGUUCUUUCGUUUUGUUGUCUUCCGUUGAAAGCCGUGUCAAGGUCUGCCGUCUCACUUCGAUGCUUUGCCAUUUCUUUCGUUUCUUUUCGCGUGUCUUUCAAUCGCCUGUUGUACUCCUUAUGGAAUUCGAUGAAACGAUCCUUUCGGUAAUUUUAUUCCUUGUCCUCUUGUCUCGGUUUCCAUUUGACUCGACUCGAUUCGAUUCGAUUCGAUUCGAUUCGACGAUCUACCGAACAAACGAAACAACGAAACAACCCGCCCAACAACUUGCUCGUUAGGGAUGGGUCCGGAGCAUCGCCAUGGAUCCGACGAACGACAUGUUCGCUACCGGUUCCGCCGAUCGCACGAUCAAGCUCUGGGACCUGGCCAAGGCCUCCGUCGGGGCCUCCGACGCGCUCAAGCUCACGCUGACGGGGCACAUCUCCCCCGUCCGCGGCCUGGCCUUCUCGGACCGCCACCCCUACCUCUUCUCGGCCGGGGAGGACAAGAUGGUCAAGUGCUGGGACCUCGAAACGAACCAGGUGAUCCGCCACUACCACGGGCACCUGAGCGGCGUCUUCUCCCUCAAGCUCCACCCCACGCUAGACGUCCUGGUCACGGGGGGCCGGGACGCCGUGGCGAGGGUCUGGGACAUCCGGACCAAGACCCAGGUCCACGUCCUGGCGGGCCACGACAACACCGUGGCAUCCAUCCUGGCGCGCUCCACGGAUCCGCAGGUCGUGACCGGGAGCAUGGACUCGACCAUCAAGCUCUGGGACCUGGCGGCCGGCAAGUGCAUGACGACCCUCACGCACCACCAAAAGAGCGUCCGGGCCAUGGUGGAGCCCUCCUUCGAGAACACCUUUGUCUCGGGGGCCGCCGACUCCCUCAAGUACUGGCAGGCCAAGGACGGGAGGUUCCUAAAGUCCUACACCGGCCACAACGCCGUCGUCAACGCCCUCGCCGUCAACGACGACGGGGUCCUGGUCAGCGGGGGGGACGACGGGAGCCUGCGGUUCUGGGACUACAAGACCGGCUACAACUUCCAGUCGGGGACCUCGAUCGUACAGCCCGGCUCCCUGGACGCCGAGAACGCCAUCUUCUGCACCGAGUUCGACGGGACGGGCACGAGGCUCAUCACGGGGGAGGCCGACAAGACCAUCAAGAUCUGGAAGGCGGACGAAAGUGCCUCCGAGAUGACCGAUCCCAUCGACAUGGUGGGGUGGAGAAAAAAGUGCAUCAGGGAGUCGAAGCAACGAUACUAGCCGGGCCAGGGCGGGGCGGGGCAUGGCGUAUGCUU